AAGGGACUGGGGGCUCCUCCUCCGGAGCCCCAUGAACCAGGCAGUGAGUCAGAAGGGGAAGGGGAAGUAGGGGGCCUCGACUGGGGGCUGGGCUUUCCCCUGGGUGGGACCUGAGUCCCUUGCCUGCCCGAGGGUGCUCCCUGCCCCAGCCUCUGAAAGCAGAUCCCGCCUGAGCCAUGGCCCCAAGACUUGUCCUCACCCUCACCUUCUGGGUGGGUUGCUCACUUUGCUGCGGGAGAGAAGGUACGUGGGGACCCGGGGAGGGUAGGGGGAGCCAGGGCAGAGGGACACUCUCUGAGGACUGGACUUUGUCUGCCGUGGAACAUCCUGGGUGGGGUGGGAGCUCACACACCUUCUGUAUGACCACUGAUGGGAGGGGGUUACCAUCCCAUUGCAUGGGUGGGGGAAACUGAGGCACAGAGAGGGCAAGAGCUACCCCAAAGGGACCGGGAAGUGGCAGCCACAGCCUGGAGGAAGGGAGGGUGAGAGAGAAAGAAAUUUUAAUUGUAUCCAUUCAUUUCAUGUGAUUCAAAACAAAACCAUCACAAAGAGGGGGUCCAGUAAAGCAUCUCCCUCCCCCCAGAAAUCCCCGCCAACCCUAGGUCCCCUCUGUGGGUCCUUCAACCUCAGUUUCCCCAUCUGGAAAAUGGGCUAAUAGUUCCUGCUUUGGUGGGUUGGAGCGAGAGCGAGAGGUGAUGUAGGUGCCUUUCAUUCAUGCACUCAUUUAUUCCACAAACCUCUAUUAGGCUCCUAAUGUGUGCCCAGCACUGGCUGGCAGUGAGGUGGGGGCCAAGCCACGGUAGGACUUUGAUGGUCCUGGGUGAAUCAGAAGCUCAUGCUCUCCCUCUCUCUCCGGGCCCCCCAGCAGCUGUCACCCAGCCCAGGGUGCGGUGCCAGGCCUCUAGGUACCCGAUCGCAGUGGAUUGCUCCUGGACCCUGCCGCCCGCUCCAAACUCCUCCAGGCCCACGUCCUUCAUUGCCACAUACAGGCUUGGCGUGGCAGCCCAUGGGGAGAGCUGGCCCUGCCUCCAGCAGACACCAGAGGCCACCAGCUGUAUCAUCCCUGACAUCCAGAUGUUCUCCAUGGUGCCCUAUGUGCUCAACGUCACGGCUGUCCACCCCCGGGGCGUCAGCAGCAGCUUCGUGCCGUUCGUCCCAGAGCACGUCAUCAAACCGGACCCUCCAGAAGGUGUGCGCCUGAGCCCCCUCCCUGGGCAGCGGCUCUGGGUGCAAUGGGAACCCCCCCGGUCCUGGCCCUUCCCAGAGAUCUUCUCACUCAAGUACCGGAUCCGCUACAAGCGCCACGGAGCUGCCCGCUUCCGCCAGGUGGGACCAAUUGAAGGCACAUCCUUCACCCUCAAGGCUGUGAGGCCCCAAGCCAAGUACUGCAUCCAGGUGGCUGCUCUGGACCUCACUGACUAUGGGGAAUCAAGCGCCUGGAGUCUCCCCGCCGUUGCCUCCGUGACCCUGGGCAAGUAGUGGGGGUUCCCUGCACCCGCGAAGGGGGGCUGUGCCCUUGACAUCCACCUAAGGGUGGAUGGGACCUGACUGGCCUGGGUUCACUGCUGCCGAGUUGCUGGGCAACCUUGGACAAGUGACUUUGCCUCUCUGAGCCUCAGUUUCUCAGUCUGUGAAAUGGGGAUAUACUGCCUGCCUCCUUUGACACAGUGCAAUGUUUUGUGAACUGUGAAUAUGAGAUUUUUUUAAAUUGUUUAAUUAGAAAAGGAUCAUUGUCACUAGAAUGAGGACUCUUCCUUCUUUUAACAGAUCCACAUGAGACCCUGUGAGGAGAGGACAGACCAGGACACACACACACAGUGAAUCCCCACUGCCACACACGGGGUCAGGGCUGGACCAGAGAAAGAGACAGGGCUGGGGGAGUCAGGGCAGGGGUAGUGGGUGUUCCACCUGGGAUGGAAUGAUGAAUCCAUUCAGUUCAGUUCAGUUUGGUUCACCUCAAAAGCUGCCCAGAUGUGAGCCCCACUGUGGGUGGACACCAAUGGCACAUGAGUUUGUCUGGGAAGCUCUGAGGAGGGGAAAACACAGCCAGGCUCUGAAGGAUUUUCUCAAUCCAGGAGCUUCUCGGUACAUUUCACUCAGGUCUCAAUUCCAAGGUCACCUCCUCCAAGAAGCCUUCCCUGACCACCUCAUCUAGGGCAAGCAGAAUAAAGACCCCCCCCCAAAGAUAUCUAUGUCCUAAUCCCCAGAACCUGUGAAUGUGAUACCUUACACAGCACAAGGGACUUUGCAGAUGUGAUUAAUUUAACAAUCUUGAGGAUCCUUAAAGAUUGAGGAUCUUUCAUUAAGUUAAUGAAAAUGGGGACUUCCCUGGUGGUGCAGUGGUUAAGACUCCAUGCUCCCAAUGCAGGGGGCCCAGGUUCGAUCCCCGGUCAGAGAACUAGAUCCCACAUGCCUGCUGCAACUAAGAGUUUGCAUGCCACAAGUAAGGAGCCAGCAAGCCACAACUAAGGAGCCCGCCUGCCACAACUAAGACCUGGUGCAACCAAAUAAAUAUAUUUUUUAAAGUUAAUGAAAAUGAAGUAGAGUUAUAUUGUAUUAUCCAGGUGGCCCCAAGGUAAUCACAAGUGACCUUAUAAAAGAGAAGCAGGAGGGUCAGAGGGAGACAGAGAAGGUGAUGUGACAGUGGUAGCAGAAGUCAGAGUGAUCCAGGACCGCGAGCCAUGGAACUCUGGCAGCCUCUAGAAGCUGGAAAAGACAAGGAAAUGGAUUCUCUCCUGAAGCCUCCUGAAGGAACCUGCCACCCAUUUUAGACUUCUGACCUCCAAAACUCUAAUAAAUGUGUUGUUUAAAAAUA